CGAGGGGCUUCUUGACACCGAGGAUGGAAGAGCAGGUGAGAAUCCCACCUGAGGCCACUGGACUAUACCGAGCAAUGCUAGUCAAAUCAGCAUCUAUGUAUUCUGAAAUACAGAGGGAACGGCCUGAACUUGGGAAUAUCAUGGCUCACCCAGAUUACAUUGAUGGAAACCCUGAUCUUAUCAAGCCUAAAAAGCUCCUCAAUCCUGUAAGAGCCUCGAAAAGCCACCAAGAACUUCACAGGGAGCUGCUUAUGAAUCACAAAAGAGGAUUGGGAGUUGAGAGCAAACCAGAACUGCAGCGAGUCCUGGAGCAUCGGCGACGAAACCAGCUGAUAAGGCAGAGGCAAGAAGAAGAAGAGGCAAAGAAACCGAAGUCUCCAUUUGAACAAGAACUCAUGAAGAGGCAACAGAGGCUGGAUCAGUUGGAGAGAGAACAAGAGAAGCACGAAGAAAGUGCACCUGAAUUUAUUAAGGUCAAAGAAAACCUGAGGAGGACAUCAACACUAAGUGGGGCAGAGAAAGUUGCGUAGCAUCAGCUGAGAUCUUCUGCUGGUUCCAAUACUUUAACACUGGCAUCUCUGUAUAUGGUGGACAUUCACAGUUAUGUCUUUGGGGCUACUUACUGUUUGUUAAUGCUUGUUCCAGUAGAAAUCCCCAACAUGGGCUUUUUCAUAAUCACGAAAGAGUAUACAGCCAGAGCUUGGGUGUUUUACGCAGGAG